AAAAAGAUCCAUCAACUAUGUUGUUCAACUAUACCUGUCUGUUUAUGGUGCUUUUGGCCCUAUUCUGUGGCGGAUCUUGGGCUAGUGCCAGUAGCUGUCCAACUGGUUUCAAUGCCGAAAAUAGUCGCUGUGUCAAGGAACGUCCGGUCCAUGGUACUUGCCCACCGGGCUCAAACUAUCAGCUGAAUAUCAAUAAAUGUGUUCAUGCCUAAGAAAAGUGAAAAUAUAUCAAGAAUUAUGGAGUGAAA